UGGACCAACUCGAUGUAGCAACAGUCAACUUUGACGUUGCCCGGCCGGCCGCCCGCUGGUUCGGUUAACGUCUGAGCUCCACUGUAGCGAUUGCGGGCUCCGGGUGGGAGUACUUGUGUCGUCACGGCGCUGUCUUUUCCACUUUGGCCGUGUCCCGCCGCCCCCGUGGUGACCCCUACCGCUCGCAGGCGAAAGUGCAGCCUGAACGUCAGACGCGUAGCGUGGAUGGCGAGGAGGCUAACUUGUUUAGCCUGAAGGAUUGUGACUAACCGCUCCGGGUCAGCUCGGGUCCUGCUCGGGUUGUUUGUCCGUCUGAGUUUGUGCGCUCGCUCGAGUGCUUUUCGUCCGCCUCCUGCCGGACGCCAGCGUGUGACGAUGCUAAGCUAACAUCACACAGCGGGGUCAUCUGAGCCUCGUUAAGACGUGCACCACGACAGGCCCCGCCCACUGGUAUUGCGCUCCUCCCCUUUGAGGAAGUUUGGUCUGGGUUGAUCCCUCGCAAAAUCCCGCUUGGCUGAUAUUGGACUCUGGUGCUGGUGCCAAGCAGAGCCUGGAUCGGAACGCCACCGUGCUCGCCCCGCGUCUCUCACUCGGGACCCUGCACAAGAAGCGCUCACAGCCCUCGUCGGCCCCGAUGAGUACGAUGCCCGCUCGCAGAAUGUCGGCCGCCCCCUGCGUGGUCCGAGGGCCGAGUGACUCCAAGAAAGUGCCAGACGUGGAAAUGUCAUCUGAUAAUCUGACAGACGAGUCCGAGCCUUGUGAGAAAAGCCACGGCCGCGAGAAAGCGGGUGGUCCGGACCGAGACAACCUCUGCCCUGAGAAGGCGUCAGACGAGGAGCGGGAAGUGUGCCAGUUGCAAGGCUACCAGUGCAAAUGCUGCCCGUUCCGGUGUCGGAACCUUCAAGUCUUCACAGAGCAUGUGGACUCCAGCCACCCCGAUGUGAUUCUCAAUCCACUUUACCACUGCGCCAUCUGCGACUUCAACGCCACCAAGUAUGAGCUUCUCGCAGAGCACAACAGGAGCCUUCAUCCUCACGAGAGCAAUUUUGAGUUCAAGAGGAUCAAGAAGAACCGUCAGAUCGUCUUGGAGCAGACCAUCCAGUUCCAGGGGGAAGAGCAAUCAGGAAGCGACAGCCGAUCGGGAAGCGACGGCCGAUCGGGAAGCGACGGCCGAUCGGGAAGCGACGGCCGAUCGGGAAGCGACGACCGAUCGGGAAGCGACGACCGAUCGGGAAGCGACGACCGAUCGGGAAGCGACGGCCAGUCCGGAAGAGACGGCCAGUCCGGAAGCGACGGCCAAUCCGGAUGUGACACUCGUGUGCUCCUGCCUGGCUUACACCCCGCAGCGGAUUGGCCAGACUCCGUCCAGGCCCUCCACGGCAGUGAGCGAAUCUCCGAGCCCCAGGAUCCCAGCCCGACGCUUGACGUCAUCGUGGCUGAGCCCUCGGUCCUACGAGACCCGUCCCACGUAACCCCCGUGCUCCAGCGCCCGCCUAAUUAUGACUACCAAGCCCAAGUGGCCGUUCCUCUCAACAGUGCCGAGUACAACCCUUCCUUGGACCACAACCCUACUCUCAUGGCCUCCUUCAAUAAGUUCCCUUACCCGACGCAUGCCGAACUGUCCUGGCUGACAGCCGCCUCCAAGCACCCGGAGGAGCAAAUCAAAGUUUGGUUCACCGCUCAGCGGCUCAAGCAGGGAAUCACGUGGUCCCCGGAGGAGGUGGAGGAGGCCAGGAAGAAGAUGUUCAAUGGCUCCAUCCCGGCUCUCCAUCACACGUUCACAGCCUCAUCUCGGGGCCUUGCCCCUCGGCCGGGUUCUGACCAUGUCCACUUGACGGCCACCGGAGGUGCCGUCGGCUCCGCUCACGCGCUCAAACGCCCCCCGACGACUCCUUGCGGUCCCGAGUCUAAGCGACCUGUAAUGACAGUCACCCCGAGUCGAGGAGGCCCCAAUGAGGAAAAAGAGCGCCAGUCUGUGGCUGCGCUGGCCGGUGUGGCCCCAUUUGCAACGGACGUGACAAAGUGGUCCACUCUACUGACGUCCACCUCCUCUUCUUCAUCGCCAUGCGCCCAGGGCAAGCUUCCCUCUUGGUCGGCAAAAGCCAAAGCUGUAGUGUCGCUGCCAUCCAUGGUCUUUCCAGAGUCCUUAACAAGGCCUACGAUUGCGCCGCUGCCCAUCUUUGCCCCACCCUUUAAAAGCCCGCUCCUGAUGCCCUGCCUUUCCAAUGAGACGCUUCCCAACACCGCCAAUAUGACAUUCCCAAGUUUACCUUCACUUGUCACCCCUCGCCCCCCCGUCAUCCGGUCCGUACACACGCCGGCCAAAUUCCCCGCCGGCUUUCCACAACUGGACCCGAGUGCCCAAGAUGAAGGCGGCGCCCAAGCCGAAGGGACGCACGGCGAGUCUUUGAGCGCUCGUGGCCAGUCCCCGCUUGUCCACUCUCAGCACGAGUCGGCGGUUCCCGCUCACUUCCCGCUGCCAGAAAGAAUGAAGGGCAAGACGACGCAGCAGCUGGAGAUCCUGGAGGAGCACUUCCAGAAGAACAGCCUUGUCUCUCGCACCGACACCGACCGUCUAGCUGUCGCCACCGGGCUGUCCCGCAGCCAACUGGACGGCUGGUUUGCCGAUCGCCGGGCGCUCCGGGACAACCUGGAACUGGCGCUCCUCAGCUCGAUGGGCGCAAAGAGGUCAACUGAGGUGGACCGGGAUGCAACGCUGGCCCCGAGCGAGAGUUUUGGUGCGGCCAAUCCCAAAAGUGGCUCUGUGCCUUUAGGCCGCUCCUUUCCUCCUCUCAACAAUCACUUUGCUCCAAGUGAAGGGACGGCUCCGUCUGAGAUUUGGCCCGGGCUGGCCUGCGUGGACCUGGCGCGCUGGUUCCGCGACAGUCGCUCAACGCUGCACGCCCAAUUCUUCCACAAUGGCAGACUGAAUGGCGGUGCGGGGAUGCCGGACAAAAGCCCCCGUGAGCGCUGCCAGCUUCUGGAGGCGGAGCCGGCCUGGCUGACAGAAGCGCGUGCUAACGGCCUCAGCGCGCUGCAGCACGGCGAGCUACAAGAGCGUCUUGCCGGCAGGUGCGAAUAACAACAGCCGUCCUUUUGCAUCGAGUGCUGGACAAAUGGCGACGGCACAUUCCCAUCAUCCGCCGGCUCCUCAGCGGGGUGAAGAGUCUCCGCCCACCCAAGGAUGUCUGACAGAAGGUUUAGCUGGCGUGCCUAACGUGUACUAACACUUCCUUAGGUUGCGUCAAGAGUUCAUGUCGGCGUUGGGGCUGGCAGCCUUUUUGAUUACCCCAUGUGCUGAUUGAUGCUGACUUUGGGACCUUUUUUUGGGGGGAGGGUUGCCAUGGAGACUGAACUGCAACACAUUUUCCUGGAAGUAGAUGUAGCCACUCCCACUCGUGUGCGUGUGCGCGUGUGUGUGUGUGUGUGUGUGUGCGUGCUUGUCAGUGCGCAUGAAAGACUGUCAGCGAGCAUUGUGUGUGAUUCUUUUGUUCUUAAAUGGCCUGUUUCCACUGGUUUUACAAACAAAAGAAUGCGCGCACACACAGCACUUGGCAAUAGUUGUGAACGGCGCCUGGACUUGCGCCCGCCUUGGGCUAUUGUUGAGCGUCACAUUCAGUCGGACUGAAGCCUCCUCCACCCACCCAUAAGCCAAGCCGCACCACGGACUUUUUGGAAGUGUGCAGCAGCGAGGUGCUGUUUUGUUGUCAUGUUUGGGCCGCCAUCAUCUUGGACUACAUGCGUCAUGCCACAUGGGGGUGCAUCACCACUUUCGUGUCCUUUGACAUGAUGAAUGUCAAAGACCUCUCGGUUGCAGUUGCUUGUCGUCCUGUCAAGAAGUCAAGACAGGACAACAUGAAUGUAAGCUAAUGUACGUGUGCGAGUAAGGACCCGAUUUUAUCCGUUAGCAGCUGGAAGAGGCCAGGCCCACCUCUCUUUUUCUCACGCUUCUUCGAUGAGACUACAUUUUGUCUCAGGUGUCGCCUUUGACUCACAUUUGUGUGUCCAGGUCAAUUUAUUGUGAUGUCCUCCAAUAAAACGCUUUUUACACCAC